AUGGGGACUAUGGGUCCGGGCUUCUGGAUCCUAUCCACUUUAGCACUUACCUAUUCCCUUGAAAUACCAACUCGAGCCCAGAGAGGAUGUCUUUGGGGACCGUACUCUCGAUAUAGCAUAGGGUUGGUGGUCCAGGAUCAUAUCAAAUUAUUUAUGGUCAAAGUGAUAGGCAAAAUCAGUGCCAACCAUAAAACAUGUGGACAAUCAGAAGUCAAUGAACCCCGGCCCGCACACAAUGAUCAAGUCUGCAGCACAUGGGGAAAUUCCCACCAUAAGACUUUCGAUGGAGACUUCUAUCAGUUUCCUGGAACCUGGAACUACCUAUUCUCUUCCAAUUGUAAAAACACAGUAGAAGAUUUUAACAUCCAAAUACGGCGCUCUGUUGGCACAAAAAAGACAGUCAUAUCCCAUGUUGUGAUAAAGAUUGAGGGUCUGGUCAUAGAGAUGAUGGAGAAAGACAUAAUCAUGGUGGGAAGCAAGAAGGUCUCCCUUCCAUACAGCCAGUUUGGAGUUCAAAUACAAUACAGCAGUAUCAAUGUGAAGGUGUCAGCUAAGCUUGGACUGGUUCUUCUAUGGGAUGGAGAUAAUGCACUUACGCUUAAACUUUCCCCAAAAUACAUGAACAAGACAUGUGGUUUGUGCGGGAAUAUGAACGGGCUGAGUAAAGAUGAAUUUAAUGUUAAUGGUAUCCAGCUGACUCCCGUGCAAUACGGAAAUCUGCAAAAGUUUGAUGGGCCCACCGAACAAUGUGAGGAUCUUGUACCACCUGCCCCUAAGAACUGCAGUGAUCUGGUGGAAACAUGUGUACAUAUGCUCUCCAGCUCGGCGUUCAGUGACUGCGAGCCGCGUCUCCCCCAGAGUCCAUACAUAGAGGCCUGUAUGUUUGAUCUGUGCAGCUGCAGCUCUUUAUCUGAUAUCUCCUGCUUAUGUGACACUCUAGCUGAGUACUCCCGACAGUGUGCCCAUGCUGGAGGGAAGCCAAGUGACUGGAGAUCUGAUACCAUGUGUGAGAUGACCUGCCCAAUGAAUAUGAAGUAUGAUGGAUGUGGAUCCCCCUGUAGUGACACCUGUUCCAACUCAGAGCAGACGCGUGUUUGUGAAGAACAUUGUGUAGAAGGCUGCUUCUGUCCCCCAGGAAUGGUGUUUGAUGAUAUUGACAAUCAAGGUUGUGUCCCACACAGCGAGUGUCCCUGUUUUUACAGCAAUAGGAAAUAUGCACCUGGAGAAUCUCACAGCAACAACUGCCGUAACUGCACUUGUCAAGGAGGUCAGUGGAGCUGCCAGGCUCUGCCCUGUGCUGGAUACUGUUCUCUGGAAGGUGGUUCUCAUAUCUACACCUAUGAUGGAGGUCACUACAACUUCUAUGGAGAUUGUAGUUACAUUUUUACUAAGGACUGUGUGAGGAACAUGUUCACUGUUGUUGCUGAGUUGAAGCAAUGUGGUGUCACCGCCACAGAGACAUGCCUGAAAAGCAUCACCUUGUACCUGGACAGAGGACACACAGUUGUCACUGUCAAAUCCUCCGGAACUGUCCUGCUGAAUGGAACGUUCACUCGAACACCUAUUAUUACAGAUAAUCUGGCUGUGUUCCAACCCUCCUCUUUCUACAUGAUCAUUAAGACUUUCAGUGGGAUCCACAUCCAGGUCCAGUUCCAACCCAUCAUGCAGAUCUCUGUGACCCUGGACCCUGAGUACCAUGGAGAAGCAUGUGGUCUCUGUGGAGAUUUCAACAAAGUCGGUACAGAUGAUUUCCGAUCGGUGAGUGGAGCUCUGGAAGGAACAGCUGCUGCCUUUGCCAACACCUGGAAGAGUCAGACAGACUGUAAGGAUGUGAAGGAUAGCUAUGACAACCCCUGCUCGCUGAGUGUGGAGAACGAGAGGUUUGCCCAGCACUGGUGUUCCCAGCUCUCAGACAGCAGUGGCUCUUUCGCACCCUGCCAUGAUGCUGUAAAUCCGAUGGUCUAUGAAAAGAACUGCAUGUAUGACAGCUGUAACUAUGAAAAAAGUGAGGACUGCGUAUGUGCAGCAUUAUCAGCCUAUGUACGAGCCUGUGCCGCUGAGGGAGUGAUCCUGGUUGAGUGGAGAGAUAGCAUUUGUGCUAAAUAUACUAAGAACUGUCCAAAGAACAGCACCUACCAGUACUCCAUUAGCACUUGCCAGAAGACAUGUCGCUCCUUGAGUGAGCCAGACCCCAGCUUCAGCUUCCAUUUUGCUCCCCUGGAUCGCUGUGUUUGUUCAGAUGGAACCUUCCUUGAUGAGAAUGGAGCCUGUGUGUUGGCUAAGAACUGCCCUUGUUACUACAGGGGCUCAGUAAUGCCACCAGGAGAGGUCAUAUAUGACGAUGGCUCUAUGUGCACAUGUAAAAAUGGCAGACUACAGUGUGUUGGAAAAACAUCCAUUGCUGCAGUGUGCCCUGCGAAUAUGAGGUUCUUAGACUGUACUAAUGCUUCAGUGGGAGCCAAAGGAGUGGAGUGUCAGAAGACUUGUCAAACCCUGGAUAUGGACUGUUUCAGCAUUCAGUGUGCUUCUGGCUGCGUCUGUCCGAAUGGGCUUGUACUCAGUAACAAUGGCAGCUGUGUCCAGGAGAAAGAGUGUCCAUGUGUACACAAUGGAAAAACUUACCAGAGUGGACAGUACAUUCAACAAGAUUGUAAUACAUGCACCUGCAAGGAGCGGAAGUGGCAGUGUACACAGAACGAGUGUGACAGAACCUGUGUCAUAUAUGGAGAGGGGCAUUAUGUAACAUUUGAUGGCAAGCGUUUUGAUUUUAGUGGCAAUUGCGAGUAUACCCUGACUCAGGAUUAUUGUGCAUCGAAUUCUGGAAAUGGCUCAUUCCGAGUUAUCACUGAGAACAUUCCAUGUGGGACAACUGGCGCUACCUGUUCCACAGCUAUAAAACUGUUUCUUGGGAACUUUGAAUUGAUACUGAGUGAAGGUUCAUAUGAAGUAGUGCAAAGGGACUUUGGAAGUGAGGUUCCCUUCCAUGUCAGGGAGAUGGGCAUUUACCUUGUGAUUGAGGUCAAGAAUGGAUUAAUCCUCACAUGGGACAAGAAAACCAGCAUCUACAUCAAGCUAAGCCCAGAAUUCAAGGAAAAUGUCUGUGGUCUCUGUGGUAACUACGAUGGCAGUGUCUCCAAUGAUUUUGCCACAAGGAGUCUGGUUGUGGUGGUCAAUGAGCAGGUGUUUGGUAACAGUUGGAAAGCCUCCCCCACCUGUCCCGAUGCCCUCCCUGUAAAGGACCCUUGCCUUGCUAAUCCUUACCGUCAGAGCUGGUCUCAGAAGCACUGCAGCAUUAUCAUGGGCUCUGUAUUCUCUGCAUGCCAUUCAGAGGUUGAUCCUGUACCUUACAAUGAGGCAUGUGUCCGAGACACAUGUGCGUGUGACUCUGGAGGAGAUUGUGAGUGUUACUGUACAGCCGUUGCUGCUUAUGCCUCUGCUUGCAGUGAAGCAGGAAUCUGUGUAUCAUGGAGAACCCCAGAGAUUUGCCCUCUGUUUUGUGAUUACUACAACCCCGAAGGAGAGUGUGAGUGGCACUACAAGCCUUGUGGGGCGCCUUGUAUGAAAACCUGCAGGAACCCCAGUGGCGAGUGCAUGGACCGGUUGCCAGGCUUAGAAGGGUGUUAUCCAAAAUGCCCAACAGCUCGUCCUUUCUUUGAUGAGGACAUUAUGAAGUGUGUUGCUCAGGCAAACUGUGGCUGCUAUGAUGAUGACAGCAAACGCUACAAUGUUGGGGACAAUGUGCCAUCCUACAAUAACUGUGAAUCCUGUAUUUGCACAAAAAAAGGCCGUCGCUGUCAGAUGGAUCUUAGGGCGUGCUACUGUAUCUAUGGAAAUGUGAUGUACAAUUAUGGAGCGGUCGUCUACAAUACCACUGAUGGAAUUGGAGGAUGCAUAACAGCCACAUGUUCAUCAAAUGGAACGAUCACUAGAAGCAUCUAUCCCUGUAUCCCAACCACCAAGGCACCCAUCACAACAUUCCAUUUUUAAACAACCACUGAACACAUGGGGAACCUGUCCACCACAGAAUCAAGGUCUCCAACUUCUGUAUCCUGCCUUGAAGAAGUAUGUAAGUGGUCAGUUUGGUAUGACAUCAGUUGCCCCAAAUAUGGUGAAAACGAUGGAGACUUUGAAACAUUUGAAAAUAUCACAAAAAAAGGCUACUCUGUCUGUAAAGUCCCAUCUCAAGUGGAAUGUCGAGCCCAGAAGUUUCCAAAAAUCCCUGUUGCUGAUUUGGGUCAGAUAAUACAGUGUGAUACAUCGGUGGGCCUUGUAUGCCACAAUCUAGACCAAUUCUCACAAUUAUGCUUUAAUUAUGAGAUCCGUAUACUCUGCUGUAGCUACGUUCCUUGCAAAGAGUCUACCAAAGUUCCUCUUAUACAUUCAUCCUUCUUCACAGUAACACCAAAAACUGUAAUUACGUCAAGUGGACAAUCACAAGACAAAAUUACCACAGUAACCAGCCAUUCAGUUAAAACUACAGCUAAGUCACCCACUGAAAAGUCAAGUACAAUGAAACCAGUAUCCAAAUCGCAUGCAACAAUUCAUACCACACCAUGCAAGGAAGAGAGAUGCACUUGGACACAAUGGUAUGAUCUCCAUUUUCCAAGUAUUGUUCCAUCUGAUGGAGACUUUGAAACAAUGGAGAACAUCAGAGCUACUGAUCAAACUGUGUGCAGGAAUCCUGAGAAAAUUAUGUGCCGAGUUGAGAGGUUUCCAAAUAAAACAAUUGAGGAGAUUGGGCAGGUAGUUACUUGCAAUGUUACUCAUGGUCUAGUCUGCAAUAACAGAAACCAGGGUGGGAAUUUCCCCCUUUGCUACAACUAUCAAGUAAAAAUACUGUGUUGCUCUAUGCAUGAUUGUGAAUUAUAUAAUGACUCUGUCUAUUCAACUGCACCAUUCAAAAAGACAGCUAGUACAACUAGAAAAGUUACCUCUGGCUUUCAAAGGACUACACACAGCAUACCUUGUAAACCUGUAUGCAAGUGGUCACAGUGGUUUGAUGUAAGUUUUCCUAAUGCAGACACUAAUGGAGAUAUUGAAACCUACAAAAACAUUCAAAAUUCAGGAUUCAGUAUUUGUCAGAAGCCUUCUAACAUUCAGUGUAGAGCUGCUGAUUUUCCAUAUGUACCACUGAAUGAAUUACAACAGACUGUGCAGUGCAAUGUCAGUUAUGGCCUGGUUUGUAACAAUGAGGAACAAAAUGGAUCAUUUCCUUAUUGUUACAAUUAUGAAAUCCGUGUGUCCUGUUGUUCUGGAUGUGAAUCCAAUGGAUAUACAUCUAGCACUAUCCGUAAGACUACAAAUUCACACAUUACUUCAAGUCUGUCCUAUAAAGAACAUACAAGCAGCAAUUUAGGCAAGACCAAAAAGAAACUAACAACUUUUCUUCCUAGUUCAAAAUUCACAGGAGAGCACCAUGUUACUAGCAUUUUAUAUUCAACAUUUACUACAAGUAUCCCCAAGUCAAGUACCAAAGCAGAACCUGGUACCAUAAAUACCAUUACAUCAACACACCCCAAGUCAAGCACACAUGUCCAGACAGUAUCACCACAUAAAGAAGAGUCUACUUCACACAAACCUAGUUCCAUUAAAACAACUAAAGCUUCAACUGCAUCUCAUGAGAAAUCAACUAUAAAAAUAGCUGCUUCAACUAGUAACACAAAAACAGAUUCUAAUAAAAACACCAAAACAUUGACAUCUGCAGAAGAAGUAGUUCAUUCCUAUACACCUAAGAAACCUACAAUAAAUGUUGUUACUGCACCACUUGAAAAGCCAACUACGAAACUAACAACAAAAAAAUUGAGUACAAUUAAAGAAGAUUCAUCUCAGCCAACUUCCAUAAAUUCUUCAAGAACAUCUAUAACAUCUAAAAAACCCACUACAAAUUCUACACAAUUUAUUGAAGUGACUUCUGCAUUCAAAACUGCUCCUGGCAUAAAAAGUACUAAAAUUACAUCUUCCAGAUUAAGUACAGUCAUGAAAAAGUCAACAACUGCAUCUGAAUAUAAAGAAACCACUUUUCACAUACCCGUUUCUGUUAAAACCCCUAAAGUUUCUACAGAAUCUGGUAAACUAACAUCUUCAUACAAGAACACAUCUGGUAAGCCAAUUACAACUCAAGCCACAUCUCCUAAAAGAAGUUCAGCAUUCCACAAAACAACCAAAGAAUCUGAGCAUGAAGAAACCACAUCUAAUACACCCAUUUCCAUCAAAACAACUAAAGUAUCUACAAAAUCAAGUGAAGAAGCAAGUGCUUUAAAGACUUCUCCUGGCAAGAUAAUUACCACAAAAGAAACAUCCUCCAGACUAAGUACAACCACACACAAGAUGACAAGUGAGCCUGAACAUGAAGUAUUUACAUCUGACAAACCUAUUCAAACUACUAAAGUAUUUCCAGAAGCUGGUAAAUUAACAUCUUCAUACAAGACCACACCUGGCAAGCCAAUUACAACUCAAGCAAUAUCUCCUAAAGAAAGUACAGCAUUCCAGAAAACAACCAAAGAAUCUGAACAUGAAGAAAGCACUUCUCAUGCACCCAUUUCCAUCAAAACUACUAAAGUAUCUACAAAAUCAGGUGAAGAAACAACUGCUUUAAAGACUUCUCCUGGCAAAAUUAUUACCACAAAAGAAACAUACUCUGGACUAAGUACAACUGCUCACAAGAUGACAAGUGAUUCUGAACCUGAAGUAUUUACAUCGGAGAAAACUAUCGAAACCAAUAAAGUUUCUACAGAAUCUGGUAAAUUAACAUCUUCCUACAAGAGCACAUCUGGUAAGCCAAUUACAACUCCAGCAAUUUCUCCAAAAGGAAGUACAGCAUUCCAGAAAACAACCAAAGAAUUUGAAAAUGAAGAAACCACUUCUCAUGCACCCAAUUCCAUCAAAACUACUAAAGUAUCAACAGAAUCAGGUGAAGAAACAAGUGCUUUAAAGACUACUCCUGGCAAAAUUAUUACUACAAAAGAAACAUCCUCCGGACUAAGUACAACUUCUCACAAGAUGACAAGUGAGUCUGAACAUGAAGUAUUUACAUCUGAGAAACCUAUUAAAACUACUAAAAUAGCUACAGAAUCUGGUAAACUAACAUCUUCAUACAAGAGCACAUCUGGUAAGCCAAUUACAACUCAAGCAAUAUCUCCUAAAGGAAGUACAGCAUUUCAGAAAACAACCAAAGAAUCUGAGCAUGAAGAAACCACUUCUCAUACACCCAUUUCCAUCAAAACCACUAAAGUAUCUACAAAAUCAGGUGUAGAAACAAGUGCUUUAAAGACUACCCCUGGCAAAAUUAUUACCACAAAAGGAACAUCCUCCAGACAAAGUACAAUCGCUCACAAGAUGACAAGUGAGUCUGAACAUGAAGUAUUUACAUCUGAGAAACCUAUUCAAACUACUAAAAUAUCUACAGAAUCUGGUAAACUAACAUCUUCAUACAAGAGCACAUCUGGUAAGCCAAUUACAACUCCAGCAAUAUCUCCUAAAGGAAGUACAGCAUUCCAGAAAACAACCAAAGAAUCUGAGCAUGAAGAAAGCACUUCUCCUAUAACCAUUUCCAUCCAAACCACUAAAGUAUCUACAAACUCAGGUGAAGAAUCAACUGCUUUAAAGACUACUCCUGGAAAUAUGAUUACCACAAAAGAAACAUCCUCCAGACAAAGUACAACUGCUCACAAGAUGACAAGUGAGUCUGAACAUGAAGUAUUUACAUCUGAGAAAACUAUUCAAACUACUAAAAUAUCUACAGAAUCUGGUAAACUAACAUUUUCAUACAAGAGCACAUCUGGUAAGCCAAUUACAACUCCAGCAAUAUCUCCUAAAGGAAGUACAGCAUUCCAGAAAACAACCAAAGAAUCUGAGCAUGAAGAAAGCACUUCUCAUAUAUCCAUUUCCAUCAAAACCACUAAAGUAUCUACAAACUCAGGUGAAGAAUCAACUGCUUUAAAGACUACUCCUGGCAAAAUGAUUACCACAAAAGAAGCAUCUUCCAGAUUAAGUACAACCGCUCACGAGCUGACAAGUGAUUCUGAACAUGAAGUAUUUACAUCUGAGAAACCUAUUCAAACUACUAAAAUAGCUACAGAAUCUGGUAAACUAAUAUCUUCAUACAAGAGCACAUCUGGUAAGCCAAUUACAACUCAAGCAAUAUCUCCUAAAGGAAGUACAGCAUUCCAGAAAACAACCAAAGAAUCUGAGCAUGAAGAAAGCACUUCUCCUAUAACCAUUUCCAUCCAAACCACUAAAGUAUCUACAAACUCAGGUGAAGAAUCAACUGCUUUAAAGACUACUCCUGGAAAUAUGAUUACCACAAAAGAAACAUCCUCCAGACAAAGUACAACUGCUCACAAGAUGACAAGUGAGUCUGAACAUGAAGUAUUUACAUCUGAGAAAACUAUUCAAACUACUAAAAUAUCUACAGAAUCUGGUAAACUAACAUUUUCAUACAAGAGCACAUCUGGUAAGCCAAUUACAACUCAAGCAAUAUCUCCUAAAGAAAAUACAGCAUUCCAGAAAACAACCAAAGAAUCUGAACAUGAAGAAACCACUUCCCAUACACCCAUUUCCAUCAAAAGUACUAAAGUAUCUACAGAAUCAGUUGAAGAAACAACUGAUUUAAAGACUACUCCUGGCAAAAUUAUUACCACAAAAGAAACAUCCUCCGGACUAAGUACAACUGCUCACAAGAUGACAAGUGAGUCUGAACAUGAAGUAUUUACAUCUGAGAAACCUAUUGAAACCAAUAAAGUUUCUACAGAAUCUGGUAAAUUAACAUCUUCCUACAAGAGCACAUCUGGUAAGCCAAUUACAACUCCAGCAAUAUCUCCUAAAGGAAGUACAGCAUUCCAGAAAACAACCAAAGAAUCUGAGCAUGAAGAAAGCACUUCUCAUAUAUCCAUUUCCAUCAAAACCACUAAAGUAUCUACAAACUCAGGUGAAGAAUCAACUGCUUUAAAGACUACUCCUGGCAAAAUGAUUACCACAAAAGAAACAUCCUCCAGACAAAGUACAACCACUCACAAGAUGACAAGUGAGUCUGAACAUGAAGUAUUUACAUCUGAGAAACCUAUUCAAACUACUAAAAUAUCUACAGAAUCUGGUAAACUAACAUCUUCAUACAAGAGCACAUCUGGUAAGCCAAGUACAACUGAAGCAAUAUCUCCUAAAGAAAGUACAGCAUUCCAGAAAACAACCAAACAAUCUGAACAAGAAGAAACUACUUCUCAUGUACCCAUUUCCAUCAAAACUACUAAAAUAUCUACAGAAUCAGGUGAAGAAACAACUGCUUUAAAGACUUCUCCUGGCAAGAUAAUUACCACAAAAGAAACAUCUUCCAGAUUAAGUACAACCGCUCACGAGCUGACAAGUGAUUCUGAACAUGAAGUAUUUACAUCUGAGAAACCUAUUCAAACUACUAAAAUAGCUACAGAAUCUGGUAAACUAACAUCUUCAUACAAGAGCACAUCUGGUAAGCCAAUUACAACUCAAGCAAUAUCUCCUAAAGGAAGUACAGCAUUCCAGAAAACAACCAAAGAAUCUGAGCAUGAAGAAAGCACUUCUCAUAUAUCCACUUCCAUCAAAACCACUAAAGUAUCUACAAACUCAGGUGAAGAAUCAACUGCUUUCAAGACUACUCCUGGCAAAAUGAUUACCACAAAAGAAACAUCCUCCAGACAAAGUACAACCACUCACAAGAUGACAAGUGAGUCUGAACAUGAAGUAUUUACAUCUGAGAAACCUAUUCAAACUACUAAAAUAUCUACAGAAUCUGGUAAACUAACAUCUUCAUACAAGAGCACAUCUGGUAAGCCAAGUACAACUGAAGCAAUAUCUCCUAAAGAAAGUACAGCAUUCCAGAAAACAACCAAACAAUCUGAACAAGAAGAAACUACUUCUCAUGUACCCAUUUCCAUCAAAACUACUAAAAUAUCUACAGAAUCAGGUGAAGAAACAACUGCUUUAAAGACUUCUCCUGGCAAGAUAAUUACCACAAAAGAAACAUCUUCCAGAUUAAGUACAACCGCUCACGAGCUGACAAGUGAUUCUGAACAUGAAGUAUUUACAUCUGAGAAACCUAUUCAAACUACUAAAAUAGCUACAGAAUCUGGUAAACUAACAUCUUCAUACAAGAGCACAUCUGGUAAGCCAAUUACAACUCAAGCAAUAUCUCCUAAAGGAAGUACAGCAUUCCAGAAAACAACCAAAGAAUCUGAGCAUGAAGAAAGCACUUCUCAUAUAUCCACUUCCAUCAAAACCACUAAAGUAUCUACAAACUCAGGUGAAGAAUCAACUGCUUUCAAGACUACUCCUGGCAAAAUGAUUACCACAAAAGAAACAUCCUCCAGACAAAGUACAACCACUCACAAGAUGACAAGUGAGUCUGAACAUGAAGUAUUUACAUCUGAGAAACCUAUUCAAACUACUAAAAUAUCUACAGAAUCUGGUAAACUAACAUCUUCAUACAAGAGCACAUCUGGUAAGCCAAGUACAACUGAAGCAAUAUCUCCUAAAGGAAGUACAGCAUUCCAAAAAACAACCAAAAAAUUUGAAAAUGAAGAAACCACUUCUCAUGUACCCAGUUCCAUUAAAACAACUAAAGUAUCAACAGAAUCAGGUGAAGAAACAACUGCUUUAAAGACCACUCCUGUCAAAAUUAUUACCACAAAAGAAACAUCUUCCGGACUAAGUACAACCGCACACAAGAUGACAAGUGAGCCUGAAAAUGAAGUAUUUACAUCUGAGAAACCUAUUCAAACUACUAAAAUAUCUACAGAAUCUGGUAAACUAACAUCUUCAUACAAGAGCACAUCUGGUAAGCCAAUUACAACUCAAGCAAUAUCUCCUAAAGGAAGUACAGCAUUCCAGAAAACAACCAAAAAAUUUGAAAAUGAAGAAACCACUUCUCAUGUACCCAGUUCCAUUAAGACCACUAAUGUAUCAACAGAAUCAGGUGAAGAAACAACUGCUUUAAAGACCACUCCUGUCAAAAUUAUUACCACAAAAGAAACAUCCUCCAGACUAAGUACAACCGCUCACAAGAGGACAAGUGAGUCUGAACAUGAAGUAUUUACAUCUGAGAAACCUAUUGAAACCAAUAAAGUUUCUACAGAAUCUGGUAAAUUAACAUCUUCAUACAAGAGCACAUCUGGUAAGACAAUUACAACUCCAGCAAUAUCUCCUAAAGGAAGUACAACAUUCCAGAAAACAACCAAAGAAUCUGAGCAUGAAGAGACCACUUUUCAUACAUCCACUUCCAUCAAAACCACUAAAGUAUCUACAAAAUCAGGUGAAGAAACAACUGCUUUAAAGACUACUCCUGGCAAAAUUAUUACCACAAAAGAAACAUCCUCCAGACAAAGUACAACCACUCACAAGAUGACAAGUGAGUCUGAACAUGAAGUAUUUACAUCUGAGAAACCUAUUAAAACUACUAAAAUAUCUACAGAAUCUGGUAAACUAACAUCUUCCUACAAGAGCACAUCUGGUAAGCCAAUUACAACUGAAGCAAUAUCUCCUAAAGAAAAUACAGCAUUCCAGAAAACAACCAUAGAAUCUGAACAUGAAGAAACCACUUCUCAAACACCCAGUUCCAUUAAAACCACUAAAGUAUCUACACAAUCAAGUGCAAAAACAUCUGCCUUCAUUACGACUCCUAUUAAAAUCAGUGCAUCUCUAAAAACAAUGUCUACAAAAACUACCCAGAAGGUCAUUUCUGAACAAACAGCAAAGUCUCCAAAACCAUCAAAUUUAUCAACCUCUGGAAAAAUGAGCACUGUUAAAAUUAUUACCAAAACAUUUAAACCUGUCAUAUCAACUACAGUAUCAUUUUCUACAGCUCGAUGUAUGUGCAAUGCUAAUGGACUUUUGAUCCCGCCUGGCAAAGUACUGUAUAACACAACUGACAAUGCAGGCUGGUGUUUCUAUGCACGAUGCAAUAAAAGCUGCCAGGUGGAACGGUACAGUGAACAAUGCCAAAGUUCCACUGUGCCCACCAUCCCAAGCAGUACAAACAGAGCAGAGACUGUGAGUGCCACCAUGGCUUCUUUCACUACGAAGACAAAAAACACCACCAAAACUUCUGGAAGUAGUAGUACAACAUCUAGGACCAAGACUUCAGCAACAAUUACCCACAAGUCCAGCACUGUAUCCCCUGAGUGCAGUGCAGUUAUGCCUCCACGUAAGGCCAAUGAAACCUGGAUGAUAGAUCACUGUACUAUGGUGACAUGUAUUGGUCGAAACAACAUAGCCAUAAACAAGAAACAGUGUGCGCCAGUUAAUGAGGUGAUCUGUGCCAAUCGCUUAAAGCCCAUGAAUACAUAUGAUAAGAGUGGCUGUUGCUAUCAGAAGGAGUGUGAAUGUGUCUGCGGUGGUUGGGGAACAUCCCAUUACAUCACCUUUGAUGGUACCUACUACUCUUUUAAUGGUCAUUGCACAUAUGUCGUGGUGCAACAAAUCACACCGAGAUUUGACAAUUUCCGAGUAUAUAUUGAAAACUUCUCCUGUAACCCUAAGAAACCAACUUGUAUUAAGACUCUUCGCAUUAUGUACAAAAGUGAAACAAUUGUCCUCACCUCUCAGUCUGUGAAGAAAAAAAUAACCAACAAGAUAUAUAUUAAUGAAGAAAGACACUAUCCAGCAAUCAUCAGAAAUGGUAUAGCCAUCAAAUCCUCUGGUAUAUUUGUAAUUGUGCAUAUCCCAGAGAUUGGGGCAUAUAUAUCUUUUAAUGUUCUUGACUUUAACGUUAAGCUUCCCCUCAGCAAGUUCUCUGGUAACACAGAAGGCCUCUGUGGUGAUGAUAACACUAAUGUAAUCUCCCUGUUUCUUAAAGGAAAUGACUGCAUACUCCCUAAUGGAAAACAAGCUCCAUCAUGUACUCAGAUGGCAGAACAAUGAAUUGCACCAGGACAGAACUUAUCAUCUUGCAACUCUAUACCAACCACUGUCCCUACCAGUAUUCCAAUUACUAGAAAAUCCACACGCCCACACUCCACACUUUCAUACUUCUCCACUCUCUUGUCCUGUCUUCCCCAUACCUCCCAAACAGCAGUUCCUUCAACAGAGUUGUCUCUUCCUCCCUCAACUUAUUAUUCAAGUCUCCCAUCAACAGAAACACAGGAACCCUGCAAUACCCCAGAGCUUUGCAAAGUUAUACUAAGCAGCACCUUUGAAAAAUGCCACGAAGUUGUACCCCCAGAACCAUACUAUCAGGCAUGUGUCAUUACCGGCUGCACCAAUACAGAAGGUGACAUUCUAUGCUCCAGCUUGUACAGCUAUGCUAGCCUAUGUGCAAUACAAGGAGUCUGUGUAGACUGGAGAAACAGCACCAACGGUGUAUGCACUGUGAAAUGUUCCUCACACCUUGUAUACCAAGCGUGUGGACCUACAGUAGAACCUACCUGUAAUGCCAAGUACAAUAAUAACUUUUUUAACAUGACUACAACUGAUUACAUAGAAGGGUGCUACUGUCCUCAGGGUACAAUGAAAUUCAACACUAUUUCGGACACAUGUGUGUCAACUUGUGGAUGUACUGGGCCAUAUGGAAUGCCGAGAGAGCCUGGAGAUACAUGGGAAAGUAACUGUCAAACAUGUACCUGUGAUAACACAACACUGAGUAUACAGUGUGUGGCACAUUCCUGCCCAGAACCAAACCCAAAAGACUGCACAGAAGAAGGAUAUAUGCCAGUGUCAAAACUAAACCUAUCCAACCCUUGCUGCUAUGUCACAGAGUGCUUUUGCAACAUGAGUCUGUGUUCCAACAUUAAAAUAGACUGUGAGCCUGGCUAUGAAGCUGUGCCAGAUAUGAGUAACGGACAUUGCUGCCCUGUCUACACGUGCGAGUCCAAAACAGUGUGUGUACAUAAUGGAACUGAAUAUCAGCCUGGUGUCACUGUUCCUUCCUCCAAUACUUGUGAAAUAUGCAAAUGUGAUGGCUCAAUGAUGAACACAUCAGGGGUACCCUCUAUUUCCUGCAUCUCCACUCCCUGUGAUAUGAACUGUGCACAGGGCUUUGUGUAUGAAGAAGUCAAAGGGAAAUGCUGUGGAACAUGCGUACAGACUCAUUGUAUCAUGGACCUCCCUGAUAACUCCACUUAUCUACUCAAGCCUGAAGGUAGAUGGUCCCCUCCUGGAGAAAACUGUACUCAGUAUGAAUGCAUAAGAAAGAAGGGCAAGCUGUUGUCUAUGGCAUCUAAAAUGUCAUGUCCAAAAAUAAACCUUGAUGACUGUGUAACAGGAACCAUUCAAAAAGAUUCCAAAGGAUGCUGCUUAACUUGUGUACGCAAUAUAAAGAGCUGUCAAGUGGUAAAGACGGAAGACAUCAUCCUUCAAAAUGACUGCAAAUCUCUCAAGCCUGUUGUCAUGUCAUACUGUAAAGGAAGCUGUGAAAGCUACUCCAUGUACUCUGCAGAGUCUCAGUCGAUGGAGUACAAAUGUACUUGCUGUCAAGAGAAGAAAACAGAAAAAAUUACUAUUAAUCUCAACUGUCCUAAUGGUAGAGAAAUGCAAUUUUCUUUUAUUAAUGUCAGUAGUUGUGGCUGUGCUGACACCACUUGCAAAAAAGACAGAAGCCCACAGAACAGUAAAGAUGAUGGAGACUCUGAACACAAUAGCAAGUCUGAUUCUAAAGACAGUGUAGGGAAGAAGAGAGAUGAUAGCCCAGAGAUUUCUCCAGUAUCCAGAUCACCUCAAAUCAAAGAAACUAUGAAGAAGAAUAAAGAGUCCAUAGAAAAAAAUCCACAAAACAGUAAAGGUGAUGGAGACUCUGAACACAAUAGCAAGUCUGAUUCUAAAGACAGUGUAGGGAAGAAGAGAGAUGAUAGCACAGAGAUUCCUCCAGUAUCCAGAUCACCUCAAAUCAAAGAAACUAUGAAGAAUAAUAAAGAGUCCAUAGACAAAAAUCCACAAAACAGCAAAGGUGAUGGAGAUUCUGGACACAAUAGCAAGUCUGAUUCUAAAGACAGUGUAGGGAAGAAGAGAGAUGAUAGCACAGAGAUUCCUCCAGUAUCCAGAUCACCUCAAAUCAAAGAAACUAUGAAGAAUAAUAAAGAGUCCAUAGACAAAAAUCCACAAAACAGCAAAGGUGAUGGAGAUUCUGGACACAAUAGCAAGUCUGAUUCUAAAGACAGUGUAGGGAAGAAGAGAGAUGAUAGCACAGAGAUUCCUCCAAUAUCCAGAUCACCUCAAAUCAAAGAAACUAUGAAGAAGAAUAAAGAGUCCAUAGACAAAAAUCCACAAAACAGCAAAGGUGAUGGAGAUUCUGAACACAAUAGCAAGUCUGAUUCUAAAGACAGUGUAGGGAAGAAGAGAGAUGAUAGCACAGAGAUUCCUCCAGUAUCCAGAUCACCUGAAAUCAAAGAAACUAUGAAGAAUAAUAAAGAGUCCAUAAACAAAAAUCCACAAAACAGUAAAGGUGAUGGAGACUCUGAACACAAUAACAAGUCUGAUUCUAAAGACAGUGAAGAUAAAAACAAUGAAGCUGAAAGUGCAGAAACCAAACCAGUGACCAAACCAAUACCUACCAUCAAACAAACUGAAAUGAAGACCACCAAAAAGUCUUAGAAAAAUCUGACUAAA